AUGCUCACCAAGACGUACAUCGCCGCGCUUCUCAGCGCCGUUGGCGUGGAUGCCUUCUGGCGCAUGGAAUGCCCUCAUCGGCUCGGUCUAGCACGCAUUGACCCGCUGGUGAACCCCGGCACUGCCUCUGCGCACGCCCAUGCCAUCUACGGAUCGAAUGGUUUCAGUCUUACCUCUGGCUUCGACCAGCUCGCCGGCGGUGACUGCACUUCGUGCCGUGUCAAGCAGGAUAAGUCUGCUUACUGGCACCCGCAGCUUUACUUCAAGGAUGCGGCGACUGGCGAGUUUGAGGAGGUCAAGCCCUCGGCGGCAUGCUUGCCUACUACUUCCUUAAUGGCGAAAACAUUCAGCCAUUCCCCCGGCUUCAGAAUGAUUGCCGGAGACACCAAGCGACGUGACUUUACCGCUCCCUGGGACUACACCGGCCCGGACCCGGAAAAGUCUACGUGGAGAGGCAAGGGCUACGUUGAGCAGAGCAUCCUCAAGCAGCUGGCCAUUGGCGUCAACUGUCUCAACUACGCCAAGCCCGGCGAGCCCACCUUGAUGCGCCACUACCUCCCCGACAAGGCCUUUAUCGACGAGAACUGCCCCGACGGCAUCCGAUUCGAGCUCAUGUUCCCCUCGUGCUGGGUCGGCAACAACGUCAUCACUUCGGCCAACCACCAGGACCACGUCGCCUAUCCCGAUACCGUCAUGGACGGCCCGUGCCCUGCCGACUUCCCCGUCCGCCUGCCCGGCCUCAUGUUUGAAAGUUUCUACAACACGGUCGAGUUCAAGGGUCGCAGCGGGAGCUACGUCCUUGCUAAUGACGACACUCAAGGCUUCGGCUACCAUGGCGAUUUCAUCUCGGGUUGGGACGAGGAGACUCUACGUCAGGCGGUCAACACGUGCACCAACAUGAGCGGAAGGAUUGAUGAUUGCCCCGUUUUCGAGCUCCAGAGCCAAAACGAUGCUGCGCAGUGCAACCUCAACACCCCCAGCCUCCUCUCCUCGGAGAAUGUCUUUGGCCCCAUGGCAGUUCUCCCCGGACUUGGCAAGAUUGUGGAGGACAUUAUCGGCGGUAUCACCGACGGUAUUGCCGAUAUCGUUGAUCCCAUUCUUGGCAAAGGUGACGACGCCCAGCAGGACGCCAGCCCCGGUGGUGGUGUCUUCAAGGAAGAUCCCGUCCCCGUCAACAUUGCAUCGGAGGACACCAAGCCCGAGCCCCAGCCCCAGCCCGAGCCCGAACCCGAGCCGACGACCCAGCAGCCCGAGCCUGAACCGGUCGUUACCCCGGCCCCGGAGCCCGUUGUCGAGGAGAACCUUGAAAAUGUGAUCAGCACCCAGUACGUCCGAGACGGCAACGUGAUGAGCAAGAUUCUCUGGGUUCAGGAAGUCGUCUGGGUCACCGAGUAUUCUCCCGACGCCGAAGUCUCCACCGCGACUGUAGAUGGGUCGGCGCGAAAGGCCAAGCGCUCCCGCCGCCACGCGCAUGGCCAUCUUCACCGCCGCCACUAG